AUGCAGCCCCAUUUUGCCAAUUUUUAUUCAUGGAUGAAUGCCACAGUGCAGCGCGCUCCAUCUGGGAAACUAUACGCUGGCAGUGCCAAGUGGGUUUCCGCCUUGGAUUCAGGCAGGAAGCGUCACAUCAGCCAAAUUUCUCAGCAUGGUGUGGCUGGUGAGAUAUGCCAUCGUCUGGGUAUUCAACUGGUGUCUAUUCUGCGGGGUCAAACGACACCUGGCGAAAUUUUGUCAAAGGAUGACAUCUUGUCCCGCUUCUAUGGCGAGACACCAAAGGUUAAGCGAAUUGGGUUGCAGUUCUCAGGAAUACUUCGACACCUUACACACAAGAACCCUCGUGCUCGCAUCCUCGAGAUUGGCGCAGGAUCUAUGACAACAUUUGCCCUCGAAGCUUUGGGAACAACCGAUUCAGGUGGCCCACACGCCUCCUCGUAUCAUUACACGGAUAUUUCACGAGCCUCACUCGAAACAGCACGAGAAACCUUUUUUUCCUGGGGUGACCUGUUGUCUUUUGACGAACUUGACAUCGACCGGGAUCUCCCGGCACAAGGCUUUGCAGAUUGCACCUACGACAUUGUCAUUGCUUCGCGUAUGGCGAGGAAUACCAAAUUUCUUCCGCGUUCGCUGGGCAAGAUUCGGCGUCUUCUCAAACCCAGUGGAACCCUUCUGUUGAUGGAAGACGUCAAAGGUCAAGUCGAUGUCGAAUUCGUCCACGGGUUACUUUCUGAUCGAUGGUCACCAGAGGUGCACGAUGGACAGGAAACCACAAAGGCUGACAAAAGCCUCUGGAAUCACCAUCUCAAGAGCGCUGGAUUCACCGGAGCUGAUCUCGAGUUGCCUGACUGCGACAGUGGAGCCUGGACCUCUCUGACAAUCAUGUCGAGUGUACCAAAGCACUACUCGUCUCAAAAAAUACCUGUGGACAAAUUCAUCAUCGUCACUGGCCAGAAAGGCGGCCGUCCCCCAGCAGCAUGGCUCAAGUGUCUUCAAAAUUCGGUUUCUAAUUUCACCGAGAACCUAGAAAGAAACGAACUUGUUGUUCAGAAUCUUGAAUCUGUCGCUGCUAACCCCGAAGUUUACGCUGACAAGAUUGCCAUCUUUUUUGGCGAAGUGGACGAUCCAAUCCUUUACGACCUUGAUUCAGCUUCCCUGGAAGGAAUCCGUACCAUGAGCACCUCCUGUCAAGGGCUACUUUGGGUUACUCGUGGUGGGGCCGUUGACUGCGAGAGACCCGAGCUAAGUCUUGCCCCUGGUUUCAUUCGCUCUCUCCGCAACGAGUAUGUCGGUCGCAAACUUCUGACAAUAGACUUGGACCCCAAGGGACCGCAGUGGUCUGAAGCCGGCGCGUCUGCAAUCGCACAGGUACGUUGUGAUGCCUUUGGCAAUAUCGGGAAUGACCAGAUCGCAGAGAGGGGCCCGGUUGAACCUCUUUCCUUGAAGCCCGAUUAUCUGGCCUCUGGCGACGAUGAAUUUGCCCUCGCAAAUUCAGGUGCGCUUUCUCCGUCUUCAAUUGAGCUCAAGCCCAGAGCUUUCGGUGCAUCUUUGCGCAAUGGAGAACAUUCUCUAGCCAGUCUCGAAUGUGCAGGAAUCAUCACUCAAGUCGGCGGCGAUGCAGCCUCACGAGGCUUUGCAGUCGGCGAUCAUGUCCUCUGUGUGUCAAAUGAAAUGAUCUUACAGGAGGCAGCAUCAAUUCCCGUGGCAUUUCUCACGGCGUAUUUCUCUCUCGUGGAGAUGGCACGGUUACAGAGUUCUCAAUCCGUUCUGAUUCAUGAAGCAGCCGGAGAUGUCGGACAAGAAGCCAUCAUGAUUGCACAACAUCUAGGUGCAGAGAUAUUUGCAACGGUCGACGGUCCCAGCGAGCGGGGCUUGGUGAUGUUGAAAUAUGGUAUACCCGCAGACCACAUAUUCAGUUGUGGGAAUACAUCAUUUGGUCCUGCGACUCGUUCCGCUACAAAUGGCUGUGGAGUCGACGUGGUACUAAACUCACUGCCUGGACAGCUCCUUCAUGAGAGCAUCAACCUUGUCGCACCCCUAGGGCAUUUCAUCGAAACCGGCAGACGAGAUUCAGAGGAGAACAGCCAUCUAGAAAUGCGUCCUUUUUCUCACGGCAUUUCAUUUGCAGCUGUUGACAACCCCAGUCUGUUGGAACAUCGACGUCCACAAGUUCACAGAUGCUUGAGUGAAGUGAUGCGUCUCAUCGAGACUAAAGCAAUGACGCCUGUGCACCCCAUCGAUAUGCAUUCUUUGGGGGAAAUCGCGAAUACAUCUCGCCUGCUUCAGAGUGAGCGCUAUUUAGGCAAGGCUGUCUUCUCGUGGUGGCCUCGCACAGUCCGCGGCGCACUGGCUGCAGCGUUCGCCAAUGAGCUUCGUGAGGCGGGCUGUCAUCGCGUCUUGCCUAUCAGCUGUGAUGUCGCCAACGAGGAUGACUUAGCCCGGGCCAUAAAUGCAUGCGCCCACCAGGGACUACCAACAAUCCGGGGUGUCAUUCAUGCCGCUUUUGUUCUCAGGGACGCAUUUGUUGAAAAAAUGAAGUUGGAUGACUGGAAGACCACAAUCCAGAGCAAGGUUGCUGGCGCAUGGAAUCUACACAAUCAGUUCAACUUACCUGGCGAUGUCGACUUCUUUGUCCUCUUCUCUUCCAUCAAUGGAAUCCUUGGCUACGCUAGUCAGUCCGCUUAUUCAGCCGCCGGUGCUUGCGAUGAUGCUCUGGCACACUGGCGCGUCAAGCAGUGCGGCCUCCCCGCCGUUUCGAUCGAUCUCUCUGUCGUGAAUGCGGUCGGCUAUGUCGCCGAGGCCAGCUCAUCCGAGACCCUUCGCAGAUCCCUCCUCAAGGCUGGGCGCAGGGUUAUUGACGAGGAUCAUGUUCUGUCCUCGCUCGAGUCGGCCAUAAUGACCCCCUAUGACCCCCAGUUCAUUGUCGGUGACAUAAACUCAGGCCCGGGCUCCCAUUGGGAUGUUGACGGCGACCUCAGCCGCGACAUGCGUGUGCUGCCACUCAAAUACCGCCCAACCGUUUCCACUGGGCAAGAGCAAGAGCAAAACGGCAGUGAAUCUCUGGCAUCCCAGAUAGCUGCCUGUGUAUCGCGCGAUGAAGCCACCCGAGUUGAGGGGACGGCCAUUGCUGAAAUGCUGGCCGACAUGUUUUUGGUUCCCGUUGAGGAUGUCGAUCUGAGCCAGUCGCCGUCCCAGCAAGGUGUCGAUUCACUAGUUGCUGUUGAAGUGCGCAAUAUGCUUUUCAGCCAUGCUCCCGCCGAGGUGUCGAUUUUCAAUAUCAUGCAAAGCCCCAGUCUGAGUCUUUUGGCUGCGGAUGUCGUGGACCGUAGCCCUCACGCGAAGUUUGCAGUGACAUGA